GCCGUUGACUGGAUUUGCCCUGAGUCAUCAGGAUGGGUGGGUCUGAGCUUCAGCAGAGCCAGCUUCCAAGCCUUAGCGUCCCACCUGGGGCUAAAGCAGUUUGCAGCCUUUGUCCUGCAGUGGUGGGAAGAGCCCACAGGCUCGGAAUCAGUUCUUGGUUGGGGUCCUGGCUCUGCCACUUGCCAAGAAUGCAAUUUGGGGCAGGGAUGCUUGAGGCCCAAAGCCUAAUUGUGCUCAUUCGUAGAUGAAGAUAAGCCACCUCCCCCUUGCUCUGCAGUGAACACCCCUGCAAACCAUGAAGUGCUCGGCAAAUGCCAGCUCAAAUAGAAGCUGCGAGGCACCUGCAGACUGGCAAGCUGGGGCCAGAGGUGCAAAUUGAAACAGUGAAGCAAAAAUGUGUCUUUUCCCCCCUCUGCCAAAUAACUUGGCAGGAUUUGUAAAAUUAGAAAAGUAGACCAUAGUAGUUUUGGAAUCCUUGACCUCUGACCUUGGGGCAAGUCAUUUCAUGCUCUAGACCUGUUUCCCUAUUUGAAAAAUGGAAGGGGCUGUGCGUCCUCUGGGCCCCUCCAGUCGCAGCGUUCUGUGACAGUGUGGCAUUAGCAGUAAUUCCCAUCUCAGCUGAGAUGAGUCAUACUGACCGAAAAGUCCACAUGUGAGGAGGAAGUCUCUGAGAAUUUUCCUCGUGCUGGAGGAUCUGAGCCUCUGGGGGGAAACGGGGAGGCGUGGGGGGAUUGCUGCCACCAGAGGGGAGACCAAGAAAGCAGAGUGAGUGGAGAUGGGUGGUUUGUGUUCUUCACUCCAAAACCUCCUUUGCUUUCAGAUAGUCAUGUGGACUAGAUGUUUGGAAAAACCUGGCUUACCCCUUGUUUAAGCGGGUGGGAUGUUCAUGCAGUUGUGACUGGCGUACUUAAGUCAGUUGUCACUCCUGUGAGGUCUUUCUGUGCAGUUUAGUGACACUUCCUCUGUGCUGCCUUGGCUCCUACAUGUUUCUCCUUGAGUCUCUAAACUGAGAUCAGAGACUGUCCUCUGUUUAUCUCUGUGUCCCCAGCACCUAGCGCAGUUCCUGGCACCUGAAUGGCAAGCUAUAUGCAUGUAGUAGAUGGGUUGCUGGAUUAAUGAUCCAUUUAGGGUAGUAUGGACACUAAAUCUUGUUAAUCUUGACCACCACCUUUAUUAUAACUAUCACCAUUCUGAAGUGAUCUUUUAGCUAUUAGUAUGAAAUAUUUCAUACUCAAAAAUUUCACACUAAAAAAGAAAUUAAAGACCCCCCCCCUUUGGAAAGUAUUUUAACAGGAUGCACAAAAAAGAAAAAAGUCUAAACGUUUUAGAGUCUUUCUAUAUUACAGUAUAUAAUACAUAUGUAUCUAAAAUUCAUCACUGCCACCACCAGCACAGGCACACAGGUCUUUGGCUACCGGCAAGAAACAGCAGGCCUGGGUGACUGUCCCAAUUCUUAGCUUUUAAAGCUUAACUGUAGGCAGUUAAAUCUGAAAAGGAGCUUUAAGAUAGAAAUAAAUAAUUUCUGUUUACAAAUGCAGGAUCCACAGAGGGUGAAGGAUCACUGAGGAAGUUCAGAAGUGGCAGUAAAGAGCCCCAGUAGUUCCAGUGUGCUAGGGUACUGCCCUCCGUCAUGGGGGCUGCCCUUUAGGAGGAGGGGCAGGAGGGUGAGCAAACAGGGCUGUUUGAGCUCAAGGUAGACAUCUGACGGCCUGGUUAGUCCACGCUAGGUUAGUUUCAGUGUAUGUUAGGUAAAGUGAGCUAGGGAGUUAGAGCCAGUGCACCUGAAGGUUAUAUUGGUAAGAUGGGUGUGUGUGUUUUCCUGUAGACUCAUUCUAAUAGUGAUGGAAGACCGAGUCACAAAGUUCCUUUCAUGUGCAGAGGACAGCAUCCAGGACUGAAUACAUUCAUGGCUGCUUCAAAAUGGGGAAGAGAUGAGAAAAAACAUGUCCUGAAGUUUGCUUAUCUAACCAAGCCAUUCUCUUGACAUAGUGACUGACCCUUGCAUAAGCCCUUUGAUUGAGGCCCAGCAGCAGCAUCCUGCUUAAAUACAGACAACCAGAAAUUAACUCUGCUGGCAUCCAGGACAUGGAUUUGAUUGACAUACUUUGGAGGCAAGAUAUAGAUCUCGGGGUAAGUCGAGAAGUAUUUGACUUCAGUCAACGACGGAAGGAGCAUGAGCUGGAAAAACAGAAAAAACUUGAAAAGGAAAGACAAGAACAACUGCAAAAGGAGCAAGAGAAAGCCUUUUUCGCUCAGUUACAACUAGAUGAAGAGACAGGUGAAUUCCUCCCGGUUCAGCCAGCACAACACAUCCCGUCGGAAACCAGUGGAUCUGCCAACUACUCCCAGGUAGCCCACAUUCCCAAACCAGAUGAUUUGUACUUCGACGACUGCAUGCAGCUUUUGACAGAGACAUUCCCAUUUGUAGAUGACAAUGAGGUUUCUUCAGCUACGUUUCAGUCACUUGUUCCUGAUAUUCCCAGCCACAUCGACAGCCCAGUCUUUAUUGCUCCUAAUCAGGCUCAGUCACCUGAAACUGCUGUCCUUCACUUAGCCACUGCUGAUUUAGACGAUAUGCAGCAGGAUAUUGAGCAAGUUUGGGAGGAGCUAUUAUCCAUUCCAGAAUUACAGUGUCUUAAUAUUCAAAGUGACAAACUGGCUGAGACUAGCGUGGUUCCAAGUCCAGAAACCAAACUGGUGGAAAUUAACAACAAUUAUCAUUUCUAUUCAUCAAUCCCCUCACUGGAAAAAGAAGUAGGUAACUGCAGUCCACAUUUUCUCAGUGCUUUUCAGGAUUCCUUCAGCAGCAUCCUCUCCACAGAAGAAUCCAGCCAGUUGACAGUGAACUCAUUAAAUUCAAAUGCCACAGUAAAUACAGAUUUUGGUGAUGAAUUUUAUUCUGCUUUCAUAGCAGAGCCCAGUACCAGCAACAGCAUGCCCUCCUCUGCUACUUUAAGCCAGUCACUCUCUGAACUUCUAAACGGGCCCAUUGAUAUCUCUGAUCUAUCACUUUGUAAAGCCUUCAACCAAAACCACCCUGAAAGUGCAACAGCAGAAUUCAAUGAUUCUGACUCUGGCAUAUCACUGAACACAAGUCCCAGCAUGGCAUCACCUGAACACUCAGUGGAAUCUACCAUCUGUGGAGACACACUGCUUGGCUUCAGUGAUUCUGAAAUGGAAGAAAUAGAUAGUUCUCCUGGAAGUGUCAAACAGAAGGGUCCUAAAACACAGCCAGUAAGGCCUUCUGGGGAUACAGUCCAACCCUUGUCAUCAUCUCGGAGGAACAGUGCUCCAGUGUGUGAUGCCCAGUGUGAAAAUACACCAAAGAAAGAAGUGCCUGUAAGUCCUGGUCAUCGAAAAACCCCAUUCACAAAAGACAAACAUUCAAGCCGCUUGGAGGCUCAUCUCACAAGAGAUGAGCUACGGGCAAAAGCUCUCCAUAUCCCAUUCCCUGUAGAAAAAAUCAUUAACCUCCCAGUUGAUGACUUCAAUGAAAUGAUGUCCAAGGAGCAAUUCAACGAGGCUCAACUUGCAUUAAUUAGAGACAUACGUAGGAGGGGUAAGAAUAAAGUGGCUGCUCAGAAUUGCAGAAAAAGAAAACUGGAAAAUAUAGUGGAACUGGAGCAAGAUUUAGAUCAUUUAAAAGAUGAAAAAGAAAAAUUGCUCAAAGAAAAAGGAGAAAAUGACAAAAGCCUUCAUCUACUGAAAAAACAACUCAGCACCUUGUAUCUUGAAGUCUUCAGCAUGCUACGUGAUGAAGAUGGAAAGCCGUACUCCCCAAGUGAAUACUCCUUGCAGCAAACGAGAGAUGGCAAUGUAUUCCUUGUUCCCAAAAGUAAGAAGCCAGAUACUAAGAAAAACUAGAUUUGAGCAGAUCUGACCUUUUCUGAGCUAGUGGGUUUUUGUUGUUGUUGUUGUACUGUUAUACUAAAAGCUCCUACUGUGAUGUGAAAUGCAGAAAUACACUUUAUAAGUAAUUCUAUGCAAUAGUCAAAACUAGUGUAGAAAAUAUAAAACUUUAAGAAGCAUUAAAAUAAGUUAUCAGUAUGCUGAAUCAGUAGUUUCACUUUAACUGCAAACUUAAUUUCUUAAAACACCAUUGGGGCUAGUUUCUAUAUACAUGUAAAUACUACAAAAACUCCUUAUUUAUACUGUUCUUAUCUCAUUUGUUACUUUCGUAGAUUUAUAUGAUACAUCUGGCUAAAAGCAAAUUGUUGCAAAACUAACCACUAUGUACUUUUUUAAAUAAAUACUGUAUGAACAAAAAAAUGGCAUUUUUUAUAUUAAAUUGUUUAGCUCUAGCAAAAGACAAUUUAUGAAAAGCUGGUACUAAUAAAGGAAUAUUAUGACCGUUAAA